GAAAAAACUUACUGAAAUAAUUAUUUUAUCAUUAUGAUAUUAUUUUGUCAAGUAGCGGUAUUCACGAAAAAAAAAAAUGCAGAUACGUAUAUAUACAUUACUCUUUUUUUUUUUUCUUAAACUUCUUUUAAAAUUAAUUAAAUUCUCGAAAUGCCAGCAAGGAUUCCAGAUCUUUCCAAAGUACGUCAAAUUGUUCCUCCUCUUUCAAGUAAAUUACAUAAAGGCCAAGCAGGAAGAGUAGGCGUUGUUGGUGGUUCAGAAGAGUAUACAGGUGCACCCUAUUUUAGUGGUAUAGCUUCUAUGAAAGUGGGUGUUGACCUUUGCCAUAUCUUUUGUGAACCUGGAGCAGGCACUGUUAUCAAGAGUUAUUCACCAGACUUAAUUGUUCAUCCUUAUCUUCGAACAAAAGAAAAAAAGGAAACUGACUUAACAGUUGAUAAAAUUGUUGAACGAGUGACAAGUGUAUUUUCAAGAGUACAUGUCUUGGUAGUUGGACCUGGUCUAUCAAGAGAUGAAGUCAUGCAGGAUACAGCUAAAGAACUAAUUAAAAAGGCGCGUGAACAAGAUAUGGCGAUUGUGAUUGAUGCGGAUGGUCUUUAUCUUGUUCAACAAUAUCCUGAAACAGUGAAAGGAUAUAAAAAAGCUGUAUUAACUCCUAAUGUAGUUGAAUUUAAGCGACUUUGCGAAAAAAUGAAUGUACAAAUGAAAGAUGAAAAAGAAAAAGAGGAAAUUGCUAAAGAGCUGAGUCAGGCAUUAGGAGGUGUUACAGUAGUCCAAAAGGGAACAGUCGACUACAUUACUAACGGUGACGAAGUUUUGAAAUGUGAUAUUGAUGGUGGUCUAAAACGUAUGGGAGGACAAGGAGAUAUUCUCUCAGGUGCUAUUGCGGCAUUUUUAGCAUGGGGUAAAGCAUACGAAAAUAAUGUUUGGGAACAUUCAAAUGAAGUUGAAACUAAAGAUAUUGCUUUAUAUGCUACUUAUGGAGCUUGUCAUAUUACAAGAACGAGUUCAAGAUUGGCCUUCCAAAAGUAUGGUAGGUCCGUUUUAACUUCACAUAUGUUAGAAGAAAUUGGUGCUAGUUAUGAUCAAUUUAUGAAACACUAAAUAAAUAAAUAAAUAAAUA